AUGAAUUACAACCUUCAGUGAACCUCAGCAGGAAAGAACUUUUACUAAAACUUUUUUCGAUCUGUCCAGCUGAAGGUAUCUUGAAACUGUCUAGGAGAAGCUGACCUUUGGAGCUUUGCUGAGCCGUAUUCCUGAAUAGAUAGUGGAAGACUGUGUCUGGAUUUUAAUCUUUUGCUGAUUAAGGUAAUUAAAGAGCAUGAACGCCCGACUUAAAGCCAAGAUAUUAAAUCGACGGAGCUUUGUGGAAAGGAAGAAAGCUGUUUGCGAUGAGACAAGAUUUCUUAUAAUCUCUGGAAACAGUCCCGAGGCCGCUGAACAGAAACAACUAUUUGAUCCAAGUUGCUUGAGCUCGAUGGUUCUAGAUCUUCAGUCUGUGAAAGGCUCAAGCUCAAUUGUACAGAAUCAGUGUUUUGCAACAACUCGAGCGCCGACUGAAGUGAAGUGUAAACCAGGAUCUCGUGACACAUGCGGCAGUUAUCCGCAUGUCCUUACAGCUGUUAGUGGCGAAGUAAAGUGUUGGCUUCCAAGCCCGUUACUGAUGAAGCGUCGAAACGCGAUUUGCGAUGAGAUCGAAAAAAGAACAAUAGCUAUGUCAGGUAGAACUUUAAGGCAAAAGAGAGUUGAUAUGCUUCGCUCCAUUGCGCUGACACAAUUCUCUUUGUUAUGAAUAUUUUUCUACUAAUUCAAUGUCAAAGAUUCAUCAAUUUCAUCAAAAAGUGUUAAGAUCGAUUUUGCGUAUACGCUCUCUAUUCAACUCCCUCCAAAAAAUUAAGACAAUCCUAGUUCAUAAUCCCUUAACUAUACGGAUUUCAGUUUACAAGGUAGACGUGUAGGGCGGUUACUUUACAUAAGGAUUCUUAAGGCCCCUGUCUUCUAGAAAAUACGUUUUUAAUUCAAACAAUGUAUCUCAGCAAAAUUUGUUCCGACCUGUAAUAAUAUGUAAUUGACUAAUACAAGUUACAUUAUCAUUGUUUAUAAUAUCCAGUGUUGUUACCAAACGGGAUGAAUCAAAGCUCUUCAGUGGAAGUCGGGUGAUUUUUCAAACAGCAUUCUCUAAAUUUCGUGUCAUAACUCGAUGAAUUCCCUAGGAGUUGAAAAAUGCUGGAAAAAUCGAUCUGUAUUUUGUUUGGGUGUAAAUGAUCAUCUUUGACCUCUUUGGCGUCAAUCACAAUGCCGUGGGCAGUUUAACUGAUACAGUAAUGGUGACUCAUUGACCAAAACCGAAAAUAUGUGAAUUUUGAUAAAAGAACCGAAUACUGGUAUUGAAAAGUAAUUUGAUUUGCCGUGUGAUAGAGAAAGUAUUCCUCAAAGGCGAUUAAACUUCCAGCCUGGUGUGGCUGUACAAUAGAGUGUUAUUAGGUUUGCAAUACGUACAUAUUCAAGCACAACUAUUCUCAAAGCCCUUUAGAGUUGAUGCAAUCAAUGCUACGCGAUGAAUUCACACUUAUGUAGCAGAUUAAAAGCGGUUUGGAUUUACGGGGGCAACCCAGCGUCUAAUAAAAAUUUAUAAUUAUACGUGAUUAGAAUGAAUACAUAGAUAAAUACUACGAAAUCACUACUUUCGGAGAGUAAUACAUAUUAAAUGUCUCAGGAUCAUUUUGUUCUUCAUCGUACUUACUUAGUGGUGACCUUUCUCAGCACCACAGUUCAAUUGGUAAAUUCUUACCUUUGUCUUUAUCAGAUUUUCGCGACUCCUAAAUGAGAUUAAGAACAAAAAUCCGAUUUGAAGACUUAACCAGAAGAAAAAGAACAAUCUGCGGAAUGUGCAGUCUAGAAAACCCGAUUAAGUCUUCUGCAAUGGAAGGAAUUCAAGGAUCGUUAGUCAUACUGUUAUGUUAUAAACUCUCGCAACAUGAAUUUUUUCCCUUUUCUUUCUUUCUCAAGGUGCAGUUCAGGGAGGUUUUUGGUCGGGAGAGAAUUUAUACUCAUUCACAGAUCUACAGUCUGGUCAGGAAUAAAAAUAUCGCCGGCGGUUGAAAAUAAAACCUCAACAAAAAUACUGUAUUAUGUUUAUAUUCUAAAUUGAAGUGAAUGGAGGGAAAUGCAAUAACAUCAUAGAGUGAAAUCAAAAUGAGACAAUGAAAACAAAGACUACAAGAUAAAAAAAAAAACACAACAAAAACCAAACCAAACAAAAACUAUUAAAACUGGGCCUGACAGAAUAUCAGAGAUAAGAUAAGAAAAGAUUUUUCAUGUAAGUUUCCCAACCCAGCAGCCUAAGAAUCCAAGAAUCAUCAACAAUCAUUGAACCCCUAUAGGACUCAUAGACGCAUAAAGGAAAAAAUCCCCUCAGGAGACUUCGUAUUAUCUGCCUUCUAGAAAACGCCCUCGAUCUAUUUAACCAAUUAACCAAGAGUUUUAAGGGCUGACAUAUUCAUGGAAGCAAAGCUGAAGUUUUUAGGUUUUGUAAAUAAAAAUGCAGAUCUGUUUGUUUGAAGAGUUAAAAGCUUUUAAAAGGCUGAGUUUUUCUCUAAGCGCGUGUAUAUGAAAUCAGUCUGAUACGAAAUGAAACGGAUGAUGAUUUUUAACAACCGUGGCGGAACCAAAACUCACAGAACUACCUCCCUCUGAGACAACUCAUCCCUAACUAAUUUACCGGUGUAUUUCAUCGAGGAUGGUUUUUUUGCUUUUUGUAGUGCACCGCAAAACUUGAAGCAGCGUUCUGUCUGAGAAUAACGCUUCCUGAAGUGUAGCGAUAGGCUUUUAGGUUGUUUGUGACCAUUCUCCUGUGUCUAUUUUCGCUUUGUUACCAGUUUGCGAGGUUACUUGCCAUAUCAAUUUUUUUGUCGGCUGCACGCGUUUCAAAGAAGGAUACCGUCUUUGCUUAAAGUUCUGUUCUAACAACUGCGCUUUCAAAGAUUCUAAACAAAGCAAUUUUACACUAAAUCUUUCAAAUGGCCAGUUAAUUUUUCUUUGCUCAGCUUUUGCACGCAGCAGAUGUUUCAUUGUUUUCAUACGAACGGUUUAACACCUAAAUUUACUCUAUUUAUGUAAUGCUCCAUAUAUGGUUUGAAACGACAAACAUAAAGUGGCAACCUUGUUCAUUUUACACGUUUUAGAGAUUCGAAAAGUCUAGCGCGAUUUGUAGCGCUUGCUUGGAGGAAAUUCAUUUCUCUUUCUGACCAUCCGUCGUUACUAGAAAUGCAAGAGUUGUCACCAGUAUCGGUGAAAACUGUUUUGCUUAUCGCCGUCCUGAUGGCGACAGGUAAGAAAAGUGAAAUUACUGCGCAAGGUUAGGAAAGAUUUCCGUAUAAGCCCGUACCAUUCUAUAUCAAAGCUGUAGACUUAAAGGCAAUCUACUGUUUCCGCUAUUGUUUCUUUGUCUAAAACUGUAUGUAUAAUGAAGAUCACAUGGCUUUCCAAGGGUUAAUUUCGAGACACAAAGAGAGCGGUUCUUUAUCUAGGCUAAAUUCGUAAAGAUAUAUUUUGCGUUUAGCCAAAACUUCACAUUUGCCUCCGGUUGAGUCUUGAAGCAAAAGUCACUAACAGUAAGAUUACAAUUAAUUUAUAUUGUUUUUGAGUUACAGUUGCUUUUAACUAAGAAAAAAAGCAGCUCUUCGCUAUGAUGGGAAACAGCCUAUUAGCAUUCGUCAGAGUUUAUCACCAUUUAUUCCGCUGAGUCAAGGAAAUCGAAACGCAGGCCAGAUGCCGUCAAAAUAACAUCCUAACACCGAUGAACCCUAUCUUUGUAGUUCAUCCGACACAAAAGCUACGGUGCUUUUUAAACGCACAAUCUUUCGAGUGCAUUUCAAGACACAUCUAUAUCUGAAUACGUUUACUUCAAACGCCGCUUUGUUUGGCCAAAGAUAAUUGUCGUCGUAAACUGUGCAAACAGUAAAAUUGACGAGUUACUUAGAACCUGUCAUCUUCAGGAAACUCAAUCAGGUUUAUAGGGUACCGGGUAAAAAACACACCUUUGCGAGCAUUCGAGGUAGCUCGAUUACUUCUUUGCCUCUAUAGUCAUUUAAUUUCUUUCCAAGAAGCAGGUUUUACCCGUAAAGCUCGAAGCAAGGGCUUAUUGGGAGACUCAAAUAAAACGUGGAAAUGAAUUAACCAUACAGGGAUGUUUUUCAUCGUUUCGUGUGAGCCAUUUGUCAUUUAUAAUUAUCCUGUCAACAGUUAAUCAAAAGAAAACAAAGUUUUCCAUGAGUGAGAUCAACAGCCAAAUUCCACAUGGAAUAUUUCAAUGCCCGUCCCGUUUGCCAUUGGUAACGUGACGUCAUGCUGACGACAACUCCUGUAUGGUCGAAGUUUUGACAAAGAAAAAAAGUUGAAAUUCAAUGAAAUAGAAUUGAAGACGCUGAUUGGGGAUAAAUUUCCCCUACUGACGAUCUCUUUCAAGAACAAGCUUCAAAUUUCCUGAUCAGGUGUUCUUCUCUGAUCAUGUCAUGACUUUCAGUGACAUUAUCGCAGGUUUUGUUUUCUAUUUAGGUUUUUCAAGAUUCUCCAGAAAUGCUGCGCUGGCAGAUGGUGGAAAAUGUUCAUUACCAUCUGUCACAGGACCAUGCCGGGGACUCUUUAUUAAGUGGUUCUACAACUCUGGGUCAAAAUCCUGCCAGCAGUUCACAUAUGGAGGCUGUGAUGGAAAUGAUAACAGAUUUGAUAGCGAGGCAGAAUGCAAAUCAGCUUGUGGUCAGUAA